AUGCAGUUCUCCAACAUGCUCACUUUCGUUAGCCUAUUGAUGGCCAUUUCAUUCACUACCAAAGUGAUCGCUGUAGACUCACACAAUUCUACACAACCCGCCCUCAGCAAGGUCUACAUCAUGAGACAAGACACUCACUUUCCUAAAGGCCACAUGGAGAUCUACGGCCCAGACGGCACUGUCCUUUACCGUUUUGUCAACUAUUUGCAGGGCGGUGUUGCCGGGUACUCGAUGACCGUACUCUCCAGCCCGUCCUGGGGAGAAUUAUUUGCGCUCGAAUCGACGAAUGAUCUCUGCGGUCACAAGACUGUCCACAAAGAGUUAACCCACCCCGGAUCACCAGCAAGAGAAUUCAAAAUCAAUCCUCAUGGUCUUUACAAAGACGAGUGGAAAUUCAGCUUCACCGAUCUCCGCUCGUCCCAGCGACUGUCCUUCAGAUUUGACAGGAACUACCGGAACAAAGAGGGUAAAAUCUACGCCCGGGUCAAUGGCCACGACGGAGAUGAGGUAGCCGAGCUCAAAAACGAACACCGAAAGGACCCUUGGCUCACCCACGAUUCCCACUCUGUUGACACUUACACCCUGUACUGCACUGCUGAUUCUCCUCAGGUUGAAUUGGUCACCCUGAUGGCCUUGGUUUUGACUCGAGUGGCUGACUGCGGAAUUUGA